AUGGCUCCAGAUCAAAAAGUCCGGAGCGCGAUCCGAAUGACGGGUACAGCUGGUCCGCUCGCUGCGAUGUGGAAAGGAAAAGGGGAAUACUACCACAUUACAUUCUUCCCAGAGUUAGCAACCUGGAACGUCAGGACAAUGAUGAGAGCAGGAAAACUGGAAAACCUCAAGAGGGAAAUGGACAAGUGCAAAGUGGACGUCGUGGGAUUGAGCGAGGUAAGAUGGCAGGGGCAAGGUAAAACCGAAUCGGACGGUUUUACAAUGUAUUACUCCGGAGGAGACAAAUCUGAAAGAGGAGUGGCAGUCAUGUGUGAAAAUGAAAGCGGAGCCGGUGGACGUGAUGGUGGUGCAGGUGUACAUGCCGACAUCGCGCCACGACGAGGCGGACGUAGAACAAAUCUACGAGCAGACGAGAUGCUGUCUCAGGAAGGAAAAGGAAAGGUCAACGUGGUGAUCAUGGGAGAUUUUAAUGCAGUAGUCGGAAAUGGAUCAGAGGAAGAGAUAGUCGGAAAAUACGGAUUGGGCAGAAGGAACGACAGAGGAAAUAUGCUGAUCGACUUUUGCCGCCAGAAACAAUCUGAUGAUCGCAAACACGUGGUUCAAAAAGCGGAAGACAAAGUUAUAUACUUGGAAAAGCCGGGAGACAGCGAACGACAUCAAAUUGACUACAUCAUCGUCAAGAAUAGAUUCAGAAAUAGCGUGAAAGACGUUAAGACCUAUCCAGGGGCCGAUGUAGACUCCGAUCAUAAUUUGCUGACGGCCGAUAUAGAGACAAAGCCGAAGAACAUCCGCAAAACGGGCAAAAAGAGACAGAGAUGGAAUCUGGAAAACAUGAGAAAUAAUAAAAUCGUAGUGAGGAAAGAAAUGGAGUCGAAGUUCAGUGUAAUAAAAGAUAGAGAAGAGGCAGUAGAAAAAGAUUGGAUGAGAUAA